CGGCGCUGUAGCGUAUCUUCCCGCCGUCCCCCCAAACGACCAUCGGUCGACACAGUCGCGUUUUGGUUCGGUUUGCUAUACGUAGUUCGCUUGUGUUUUAUUGUUUUUUAUUUAAAGUGUUGUUUACUAUACUGAUUGUGGGACGGAAAACUGUGUAAUAGUUACGUGUUAUAUAAGUGACUCAAUGAAAUUAUAUUUUUCGAAUGGAUUGAGUUACGAUGUUACCUCCUACGGCCGGAAUAGCGCAAGUUCAACGUGACCGGCCCGAAAUGGCAUACCAGCAACGACGUGACGUGCGAGAAAUAACAAGGGACAUUAUUAGAGAAGCCCGCAUUUCAAACAGACAAUCCAUGUCGCCUGGAGCUCGAGACAGAUUUCCAUCGACGUCAUCGACGGACGACAAUGAGUCCGGCACAGACGGUGAGGCGGACCGAUCCCGACGUGCGGGACUAUCGCACGUACACCCUGGACCGCCGCCGGGUGGUAUAAUAGUGCGCAAGCGACGCGGGAAUCUGCCGAAGCAUUCUGUGAAGAUCCUCAAGCGCUGGCUGUACGAGCAUCGCUACAACGCGUAUCCGAGCGACGCGGAGAAACUCACGCUAAGUCUAGAGGCUAAUCUGACCGUUUUGCAGGUAUGCAACUGGUUCAUAAACGCGCGGCGGCGCAUCCUGCCGGAGAUGAUCCGGCGCGAGGGCCACGACCCGCUGCACUACACCAUCUCGCGGCGCGGUCGCAAGCAGCUGGGCUCGGGCGGCGCGGGCUCCAGCGCCGGCGUCGUGGUGUCGUCGUGGGACGGCGAGGGGGAGGGCGAGGGCGAGGGCGAGCGCGAGCGCGGCCGCGACCACGACUACGGCGACGGGCUGCUCGUGUACCGCAGCGACGGCGACGAGCUGGCCGACGGCGAGGAGGGCUACUCGUCCAGCGCCGUCAGCGAGGAGGAGGUCAAGUACGACCCGUCCGUGUGGCAGUCCGUCAUCCGCUACGGGCCCGAGGACCGCGACCUGCACCCCGCCGCCCGCGGUGGGAGUGUAAUGCGAAGGCGCGGUGGCGGCAGGUCCGCGGCCGUGGUGACGGUGCGCACGGCGGAGGAGGGCGAGGGGGAGGGGGAGGGCGAGGCGGGCGCGGGCGGCUGGCAUCCGCAGCUCGCGCAUCUGCCGCAGUUGCCGCACCCGCUGCGUCGCAAGCUGCAGGCGGCGGGCGGCGCGGGCGGCGCGGGCGCGGAGGGCGAGCGCGACAAGUUCAAGUGCCUGUACCUGCUGGUGGAGACCGCCGUGGCCGUGCGCCAGCGCGAGAAGGAGCAGGAGGAGGUGCCCGUCUAGCGCCGGAGAACGGCUGCAAAAACAGUUGGACGUGUUCAUCUCGCAGGAAUUGUAUGGUACGGCUAUGUUUAACCUAACUUCCAUUAAUGUAGGCCCACAUAACUUAGACAUUGUAGAAAUUUCUAUUUAAUUUCAUAUACGGAUGUGGAGGACACAUUUAUAUAAUAUAUAAAUAUAUAAUAAAACAUCUCAAUUGUUCAUUUAAAUUUAUACAGUUUGAAAGAUAUGUAGUUUUAUAUGCUUUUAAAGUCCCAUCCGUAAUUAAAUGUAACACACUUAGCACUAUAUAUAUCUAGUAAAUAAUAUCGUGUAGCUCUAUAUGAAGAACCAUUCAAUAAACUGGGAAAGUUUCGCUUGAAUACAUUUACAAUUAAAUAUAUCUUUGUAACGGCAUAAUUGUAGUGUUAAAUUAUGUAAUGAUAUUCUUAAAUUAAAAAACACGCCCAAAAAUCGAACUAAAAAAAGUAUAGCUGGUGUAAUUCGGGAUUGUGGAAGGAUACUAAAGUACCGUAUACAUCCUAAUAUGGUCAGGCAAUAAAAGGUUAUGGCGGAGUAGGGUAAAGUCAUUCGUCGAUUAUAAAAGUAAUGGAAUAAAUAAUGCAUCUGUCUUGCGCACACACUCGAGCUCUAUAACAGUGCGUAAUUGUGAGUUCGGGAGAAAAUCACCAUCAUUGUUAUAUUAUAACACAAUAUAUGCAGUUAUGUACAAGAUAUUUAAUGUUAAAAACAUUGUACUUACAAUAUACGUUUCCUUGCCUUUAACCAAAAAAAAAAAAAGAAUAGUCAGAAUUUAUCAGUUAUAAUAAAUAAAAAAAUAAUCUUAGUAAGAUCCGAAUUAGUU